AUGGAAGAAACUGCACCUCAGAAUAGCAAGUUCACUCCACUCAACAUAGCCGCUCCUAUCAUAAAUGAGGGAAUAAAUGUUGGCAAAAGACUAAUAGGAAAGCUUAACAUCCCAGCAGUCGCCGAUAUCGUUUUAGUAUUCACGUUUUUGACGCUGUAUAAGCUAUGUAAUGACAUUGAAAAAAUCCAGAUCCUGAAGCCGCGAGAAAACCACGAAACAAUCUACAACCCCCUCAAAAUUGUACAUGGAGAACUCAGCAUUGAAGAGAAAAUUCAAAAGCACCUAAGGGAAGUGGAAAAUCAUAACAGAAAAGUACAACAAUUACAGAAUUGGUUUAAAGAUGUAGAAAAGAGGGUAAAGGCAGAAAGGAGAAAGAUAUAUUUAGCAACAGGACGAGCCAAAAGCGAUGUGUGGAUACAAAGAGCAAAAGAAACAUCUCAGCAUGUAAUAAAACCGGAACAAGAAAUAGAAUUAAAAGAUAAUGAAGACAGAGAAAUAGUGGAAAAUGGAGUUAGAAACAUGCAAAAGGGGUUAAGCAUAAUAGAAGAUUUGAUGCAAAAACUUGUUGACGUCGCAGGGAAAAUUCCGAAGGACAAUUUAGGAUCAUAUAGACAAGAAAUAGAAAUCCCUGAGGAUAAAAUGUCAGAAUUUAACAAAGCUCUAGAAUUAUUUGAAGAAGGCUUAAAAAUAAUUCAAGCUCGCGUAGAGAACACUGCAGGGGAAAAUGAAAUAGAAGAAAUAAAAAUAGAAUUAGAAGAGUAUAAUGAUGAAGAGGAAUAUGGGGAUUACUCAUCUCCCUAUUUAUAUUCCCAAGAUUCAGUUGAACAGAAACGACGUUUAGCAUCAAAGCGGGAAUUAUACAAAGGGAAAAUGGAGCAAGUACAACAGUGGAUAAGCGAAGUAGAUGGUACGAUAAAAGAUGAAACAAAGAAAAUAAAGGAAGGUGUAGAAGCCGAAGUUAAACCGCCCGAAUCAUAUGCACAAGACGCAGAAAAGACAAAUGGACCAGAUCAAGAAAACACAGUGACAAAAGACACACAUGAUAAUGAAUACGAACAAGGACAAAGCCUGGAAGAAGAACCAGAUGGUGAAUUGACAAAAGAGUGGAAAGAUGAGGCAUGGAAAAAAUGGAUGAACAAUACAGAAAAAGAGUGGGAAAAUUUUACACAAUCCUUUGAACAUCAUAAGCAACAGUGGAUUCAAAAAAAGGAAAGUGAAUGGGAAGAAUGGCUCGCAAAUAUUCACUACAAUUGGGUUGGAUUUAUCAAUAAAUUGGAAGGAGAUUAUAUAAACGAUAAACAAAACGCUUGGACCAAAUGGGAUGAAAAGGAAUGGAGCAGAAUAAUCGAAAUGGAGUGGACUGGACCUAUGAAAGUAAAGUGGACAAACUUGGUAGAGAAAAAUGAACAAAGUUGGGGAGACUACCUUUUUCAUUUUUGGAAUAAUUGGAAAGAUAAAAAAUGGAAUGAAUGGAAUAAUAAAAAUUGGAAAAAAAAAGAAGAAGAAAAGUGGAAUAAUUUAGAAAAACGUGAACAUUUAAAUAAAGGUGAGAAUAUGAAUGAAUGGGAAAAAAGAGUGCUAAGAGAAAAACAGGAAUGGGAAAAUUGGGUCAACGAAAAAGAACAUGUCCUAAUAGAUGCGGAAGAGGCACACUGGAAGAAGUGGAAAGAAUACAAGUGGAAUUACCUGAAUGAAUGGAUGAAGCAAGUCAAAGUGGACUGGUUAAAGGCCAAACCAUGGGAAGUCUGGAAGCAGACAAGGAGCGAUUUCUAUGAAUCAAACGCAAAAGUGGAAGAUGAUGUGCAACACAGUGAAGAGAAGCAUUCACUGAGCUCUUAA